GAGAUCACCUCAGCCGAGGUGUGUUUUUAAUUUUAUUUUGUAAUGCAUUUGGGGCCUCCAUUUGGUACCUAAUGAACACUCUUAUUAGGAAGACAUGUUUUGUCACAGUAACUACUUUUCCAUCCCACCAUUUAACAAUUAAUUAUGUGAUUUAUAAAAACAAGUCUUGACCAGGCUAAUGGAAGAAGGAUAUUUUGAUACGGUAUUAACAGAAUUGUUUGGUCAGAUGGUGGGCCGUUUUUGAGUCUGUACAAUAACUGGCAGUGGAAGCAAAUAUUGAUAGAAUAGCCAUCAUACUGAAGCAAACUUUGAGUCAAGCAAUGCUUUAUGUGAUUCACUUUCACUACAACUGGAGUUAUCAUGCAUUUUGUUAAGCUACAUAUCAAAUAACGUGAACGUCACAGUGGGAAAGUGCCUCAGUGAUGAAUUCAAUGCUUUUUUUGCAAUGAAUAUUUAGGGUCUCAUUCUGGUGACAUGAUGAUUGAUGCGUGGCUACCGUUUGAGAAAUUAAAAUGAUUGUGCUCUUAUCCAUUCUAAUCUCAUCCUGUAACCUAUCAGCACUGAAACUGUUUUUGUGACAAUUAUUGAUAGAGUGGAAAAUGCCAUGUGAACAGAACCUUUUUUUUUUAUUAUUUGUACAAAACAUGAGCAAAAAAAUACCUUCAUGUGUACUACAGUGUCACAUUUCUUAUUUUAUAUCCUCAACAAGCAAGAUUUGUCAAAAACACUGUCUGAGCAUUGCACGUUUUCUUUCUGUGGAUUCACGGAAUGGUUGUCUCACGUGGAUUUCUGGCACCAGUUGGAUGGAAGCCUAAUUGGUGAUCAUUCAGAAGAAAAUGUAACCUCUCAUUUGCUUUGUCUUAAUUCAGAAUACUCCCUCAAGAACUCCAAAUCCCUGGUCUUAAGAUUGGCUUUGGAGGUAGAGGAGGACGGUGUGGAUCAGUAUCUCGAUCUCAUCGUGAGGGAGAAGAAUGUCAAAACCCAGAAGGAUCCGACGUUUAAGAUACAUCUUAAGGUGUGCCUUUUACAAAUAACGGGAUACCGGAACUUAUUUGAAUCCGUGGAAGAGUUGAGGAAGGAAACUUUUGACUCUGAUAAAGUAGAACAUGAGGAAAUGCUUUUAAAGUUAUGGGACCUGCUGAUGCCUGACACCAAACUAGAGUCCAGAGUUACCAAGCAGUGGGGUGACAUUGGUUUCCAAGGUGAUGACCCCAAGACAGACUUCCGAGGAAUGGGCAUGUUGGGACUGACGAACCUUGCGUUCUUCAGUGAGCACUACACCGAGGAGGCCCGGCAGGUGCUGUCCCACGCCAACCAUCCCAACCUGGGGUACUCUUACGCCAUAGUGGGCAUUAACCUGACGGAGAUGGCCUACAGUCUACUGAAGAGUGGUGCUCUCAAACCCCACUUCUACAACACCGUGUCGGGGAGACCCGAGCUGCAGCACUUUCACCAGCUGUACUGUUACCUGGCCUACCAGUUUGAUAGGUUCUGGGUUGAGGAGAAGCCCGCGAGCAUAAUGGAGUUCAACCACUACAGGGAGAAGUUCCACGACCAGAUUAAGAUCCAGCUACUGGACCCGGCCGUCGGCCUCAUCCUGACGGGCCAUUGGAAGAAGUAACCAACCACGUGACGGGAACUUUUCAAUCCCGGUUGGGGCGACCUUCUCCUUGACAUGCUACCAGGACCUUUUGAGUUUGCUUUGAGUUUUAUCUUAAUUUAGUUUCAACAAUCCUUUUUCAUUUUCAUGGAGUUUCUACAGUGAAAUAUUUACAUUGACUUUUUGUAAGCCAAUUAAAUGACCAGCUUUUGGCUUUGGAUAAACUGGAAUGUAGAUUUUUAUCAGUAUUCAUGAAUUCCAAUGAUUUCUAAAUGAAAUGACACAUUUACCUAUCCAAAAAAUAGCUGUCAAUUUCCCAUAAUAUAAGACGUUCAAAAGGGCAGCGCAAGCACAGACCAAUUAGAAAAGAGCAGCGUGUGCACGGACCAAUUAGAUAGGCGCAAAGUGUGCACAGACCAAUUCGUAAAGAGCAGCAUGUGUACGGACCAAUUACAAAAGAGCAGCAUGUGCACGGACCAGCAUGUGCGCACACCACAGACCAAAAUACAUCUGUUCUUCUUUGGUCUGUUCUCCAUGGAUCAUUCCAGCCAAAGCCAUAGCAAUAUAGAACAGGAGACUGGAAUUCAACACUGCCUCAUAAAAUGACCAUUCUGUAAAAAAUAAAAAAGGGAAAUAAAGUGUUGGGCUGCCGUAGUGAUGGGUCAUUGAUUGGCUGUGUGUGACUUCUGUAGACUGGGGGGGACGUUGUUUCAGAGAAAAUGGAGAUUGGACAAUAAUAUUAACUGUCUGAGGGCUAUGGUUGAUGUCAAACUCGAUGUCAGGAGCUAUCUUGCAUGUAUUUAAAGCGUUGCCUACUUGGUUCUUGUAUAUGUCGUUCUUGCUCAGGAAUCAAAUAUUUAUAUCCAGAGUGAAACAUUCUUUGUAGACAAAAAAAUAAUUGAAUAAUUUGUGUUUACCUUAUACUCAGUAGUUGUACAUCUCACCAGACAAAUGUAGCUCUGUGCAUGUUUUAAUGCGUUUCAAGUGAUACCGUCAUUGUCAGCACAUUUCAACAGGUGGUGCUCGGAUCACACUCGUGACAACACCGCCAUGGAUUUCACACGUUAGUACAGUAUUGUAUGCACUAAAACGGACCUUGUAUUUUGUCUUAUUUAUAUGCGCUGUGUCCUGCUGUUUGAAGAUUUGUAAUUUUGUAGACACAGUAUGGAUACCGUUACGACUGACAAGUGCCCAGUGUUAAUAAAUUUAACUUCUGAUGUGA